GGAAAGCUCCGGCCCGGGUUUCCCGGCGUCCCGGUGCCAUCCGGGGGGAAGAAUUCAGGCGGCAGCAAUCUCGGGAGGGAUGAGGAAGGUGGUGGUGUGGCAACUGCUGCUUCAGGUUGUUCCCUUUUUCGCGCCCGGCGGGGCAGAACCCUGAGCGGUGCGUGGGUGCGGGCGCCGGGCCGUGUCCGGCCCACGGGCGGGGGGCGGCACUGCGCGCCGGGUGGGCCGCGGCGGGGCCCCCGCAGGGCGCCCGCUGUGGGAAGGCCGCCUGCGGCUGCCUGUCUGUCUGUCUGCUUGUCUGUCUGCCUGUCUGCUCGCCGUCUGCUCUCUGUGGGAGCCGCCUCACUCAUCGCUUUUACGUUCUUAGCUGCAUUGCUGGGGCGCGGUGUCAGUCCCGGGGGUCCCGGCCCUCCCGCAGAACUUGGGUUUGCCCUUAGACCAGCCCUGCGCAAACCGUCAUGUAGUUUUGGUUUUGUUUUGCUUCUGAAAAUGUUUUGAAAAAUACGUGGAAAGUAAGAGAGAAUGAAUGGUUUUAGCUGUGAGGAGCCGUAAUGCAUGAUACUGGUCUCUAUAUAACUUGCAGGUGAAGGUGACAUUUCUGGUGUCAUUUGUUCCCCUAUCGCAGCAAUCUGAACUUUUCCCAAGGGAAAGCUGGCGAGGAAAUCCAACGUGCGGUGUGUGCGCCUCUGUGCUGGGAUUCCUGUCUCUAUUCCAUGCUAUGUGUUUCAUAAAUUGGCAGCCAGAUUUUCACUUGUCUGCACAAGCAUCCAUAGUUCUUCUCUUUUUUCUCUUCUUCAUAAAUAUUAUAUCUGGAAGUUAGAAUUACUGCUGUAGUGGAGAAAUUUAUUACAGGACCUGUGGGAUUUAAGAAUAUGUCUCCAAAGAAAAUUUGCUGCUUCUACAGUCUUCCAUCAUAGUGUACAAUUGAUGAUUUCACUUGAAAUACCUAUCUGAAGAAACUUAACAGUAGGAAGGUGUAAUUGCUUUCUAAAAAUGUUAAAAGUUCAGCACUAUGUAGCAGCUGACAGCACACCCAAGAAAAAGCCAUAUAUUUGUGACAUUUGCCAUAAACAUUUUGAAACUCCAUCAAAAUUAUCAAGGCAUUAUCUGAUACACACUGGUCAAAAACCGUUUGAAUGUCAUGUAUGCCAUAAAACAUUUAGGCAGCUAGUCCACCUGGAGAGGCAUCAGUUAACCCAUAACCUGCCUUUUAAGUGUAUUGUUUGUUAUAGAAACUUCAAAAACUUGAUCACUUUCUUAAAGCAUCAGCAGCUUCAUAAUGAAAAUUAUCAGAAUAAUACCAAGCAAGCAGAAAACUCUGUGAAUUCUGAGCAAGAGAGGGUAACUUGUGGCACACUUCAAUAUUCUGUGUGCAGGAAACCUUUUAAAACUGGAGAGAGGUGUGCGAAGGCAGAUAAUCCACACGAGGCCAGGAGAAAGAAAACUCACACUUGUGAUUCAUGUAACAAGACAUUUCCAUCAAGAUCUAAGCUAGAAAGACACUUCCUUAUUCACACUGGCCAGAAACCUUUUAAGUGUUCCUCGUGUGGUAAAUCUUUCAGACAGUCAACACACUUGAAAAUCCAUCAGCUCACACACACAGAAGAAAGGCCUUUUCGGUGCUGCUUUUGUCAGAAGGGGUUUAAAAUAAAAAGUGAACUCAUGAAGCAUAAACAGCUCCAUGCCAGAAAUAAGACUUUCCCCAAUAUUGUGUACAAGGCAAGGACUCUUAAAUGCCCCAGACCACACAACCUGUUGGAAGGAAAGAGGGAUAGUUUUGAGAAUGUUGACGCUUAUGAGUCACAGGAGAAUGACCCACAUGAAGUUCACUCGAUUUAUAUUGUACCCUUUCAGUGCCCAGCAUGUGAGCAGUGUUUUGAAAUGGAGCAGGUUCUAAAUUUGCACAAAUGUUAUCUGAGAGAUGGCAGAAGUUCAAAUAAUGGUACAACAGCAUGCAGCCAUGCAGUCAGCAUGAAAAAUAAGAUCCUGAUGAAGCUGAAGCAUAUUGGAGGAAAGGCAACAGAUUUUUCUCUGACUGACAGAAAAAAAAUAAAAUCAGGUCACUUUAAAAGUCCUGACCUGGUUGCAGCUAGAGAUCAGUGUUCUGAUCAGCAUGCUGCUACUAAACCUUUGAAGGAUUGUCACAGCAAGCUUGACAUGCACGAGGCACUCAGUAAUCGGACGAAAAGAACAUUUGCUGUGCCAUUACUUUGGCAAGAGCACCCACAACCUCACGACUUUGGAAUUAAUUUAAAAGGUAUGGUUACUCGUAAAAGCAUGUUAAACAUCGAUGAUUCACUGGAUAAUAGAGACACUUCUUGUGGUUCAUCAGAUGAUGGUUUCUUUCAUAAUCCAGAAGUACUCCACUCUGCUUUUUCAGCUUCUGCUAAAAAUGUACAUAACGGACACAGAGUGUGUAAAUGUGACAGAUGUGAAAAAAUCUUUCCGUCUUCAUCCAAACUUCAAAGACAUUAUCUUAUACACACGGGACAGAAGCCCUUUGGUUGUAAUGUUUGUGGGAAGACAUUUAGACAGUCAGCUCACUUAAAAAGACAUCAGCUCACCCAUACUGAAAAGAGACCCUAUAAAAGCCCCAUUUGCCAGGUAGAAUUUGAAAACCUGAACAAACAUCUCGGUCACCAGGAAGAUCACAUUGAAUUUGAGUCUUCCCAGCCUGUGGGUUGUUUGGGUUAUACUCAAACACCUUUGCAGGCAUCUAGCUUUCAAGAAUUCGUGAUUCAGUCAAACCAAGCAGCUGAAAUCAAAGUUGAAAUCCAGUCAGAGGACUUUGUUCUUGACACCAGCAGUAGAAACACACAGCCGUGCUUGUGUAGUAAAUUGUUGGAAACAGAGCAAAGCUGUUACAGCUAUUGGCAUGAUUUUUCUGAAGGUACUGAAAAAAGUGAAGUUACUAACAAACUGUAUCAGUGCAGUAUCUGCUUUAAAACUUAAUCACCUUCUAAGCUUGAAAGACAUUACCUAAUGCAUGCUGGACAGAAGUCGUUUGAAUGUUUAGUUUAUGGUAAAAAUUUCAGACAGGCCUCACAUUUGAAAAGACAUCACCUUAUUCACUGUAAAGAGAGAUUAAAGCUGAGUUCCACUGAGCAACAACCAGAGAAUAUAUUGUUUUUAUCAAAACUGGAUAAUGUCCUAUGAAAUUAUAUAUUAAAAUUUUUGGUUACAUAAAAGACUUAUGUUAGACCAAACAGUUGACUGAAGGAGAUUAUCUUCUGUUAUGGAGAUGACUUGGUGAAGAGUUAAUUUACUGUCUUCAGAACUCUCUACUUGAUGUAACUUGCGAUGAAUGUGAGAAGAUGUUUAAAACAAAACAAAAAAUAUGCAAAAAAAAAAAAGCCAUUUUGCAUUUAUUUUCCUAAAUUAAUUUAUAAAUACACAUUCUUACAGCAUUAAUAGUGUUGCAGCAAUCUGUGGUGAUACAUGAAUCAGAUAUUUUAAAAGUUACACCUUUUCCCAUAUAGUAUUUUAUAUUAUGCUGUCCGGUGAUAACUAUCAGAAAAGUAAAGAUAAACAGGUAAUUUCCAAAAUACAGGAAAAACGGUCCAUUUACUUUCUUCUGGCUCCCUAUAUGUUGCAAACAAAGGACACAUGCUGUAUUUAUUUCACACUUUCUAAAAAAUAACUUAUUUUUAGAUAGAAGAUACAAAAAAGAAGAAAUUAGAAAAGAGAAAAAGUUUAAUGAUGAAAAAUGUUAAUGUGGCAUUAUAGUCAAUUGAAAAAAUUUAACUGCUUGGUAAUGUGCUUGGAGAUCUAUGGAUAAGGACUUAGAUCUUUUCCCUUUUUAUGAUAAAAUAUAGGUAGACAAUGCUUAAAUAGCAGGAUUUAUAAUCAAUUAAUCCACUUUACCAUUUAAUUUUCUCCACUUCUUUGUAUAUCCCUUGCCUCUUCUAGCUUUUUUUGGCCAAUUUAUACAAUACUGAAGUAUUUUUCUGCAAGAAAAGAGAAGAAAUUAUCAUUAACAUUACUAACGGGCUUACUAUCUGUUCCAGUCUCCUUCUAGCGUAUAUGUUGCACCAGUAGAAGAAUUGUUCUCUAAGAUGCGAUAAUAACUUAGACAAGCGGUUUUGCAGGAAGUCAUGUUCUCGUUACAUUAAAUAAAAGAGACCGAAAACGACUUUUAGUUCAAA